GGCAGCGGUAGUGGGAACGGCUCAGAGAACGGCCACAACUCCUCCUUCAGCGACUACAAGUAUGGGAGGUUCGACAGCACCGCCCUCCACAUCGCCCACGCCCUCAACGCCACCAAGAUCCAGCGGGUGUAUGACAAGCCCAUCGAUCAGUACCUGGACGUGAACGUACAGAAGCAGAUGGAGAUGCUGCACCGCCUGGAGGAGGACGACCUGUACAAGAAGUUCGCCAAGCAGCGGGCGGCGGAGGAGGCCAGGAUGAACGACCAUAUCAAGGAGGAGUGGGAGACGGAGCUGGAGAAGCUUACCUCACAGUUCGAGCGUGACCUGGCGAAUAAGAAGAGGUCGAGAGAGGAUUCGAAGGUGCUGACGGUGCGCCACCAGAAGGAGAGGGAGGAGCUGGAGAAGAAUAUGACCAUCAAGAGAGACAUGAAGAAGGAGAACCUCACCCGCAAGAUGCUGGAACAUGAGAGGGCAGCGACGGCAGCUCUGGUCGAGAAGCACAGUAAGGAGAUGAUGAGGCUGAUCCAGGAGAAACGUUCAGAGUAUCUUGAGGACGACGAGGAGGUGCUAGACCACUACCCGGCCCAGCCUCCACCACCACUACCCCCGCCACAGACCAAGACAGAUAUAUACACAGACCCGGAUGAGUUUGCUGACGUCGAUCAACUCGCUAUCCAGGUCGCACAAGAGGACCAGAAGACGUUCACUGACCUGGUAAGGAUGUUGGUGGGUCAGUGUAGCUCUGACGUGGAGAAGGUGAGGACAAUCUUCCGCUGGAUCACCGUCAAGAACCUCAACUCCAUCACCUUCGACGACUCUGCCCACGGCGACACUCCCAUGGGUCUUCUGCGAGGCAUUAAGUACGGCACCGAGUCCUACCACGUCCUGUUCAAGAGACUUUGCAGCUACGCAGGUCUACAUUGUGUGGUCAUCAAGGGCUACAGCAAGUCGGCGGGGUACCAACCAGGGGUGAGGUUCGAGGACAACAGAUUCAGAAACUCUUGGAACGCCGUGUAUGUGGCCGGGGCGUGGCGGUUCGUGCAGUGUAAUUGGGGCGCCCGUCACCUGGUCAACGCCAAGGAGGUGCCCAAACCCGGAGGCAAGAGUAAGAGUGACAGUCUCAGCAGGAAGGUGUCGGGACGUAUAGGAAGCCGCAGCAAUAACUUAAGAUACGAGUACGACGACCACUACUUCCUCACGGACCCCAAGGAGUUCAUCUACGAGUUCUUCCCGCUGCAGGCCGAGUGGCAGCUCCUGAAGGCACCUAUCAGCCUGCACGAGUUUGAGGAGUUGCCCUUCGUCAGGUCACUCUUCUUCCGCUACGGUCUGUACUUCCCCGACGAGCACACCAAGGCCGUCAUGUACACCGACUCCACAGGUGCCGCCACUAUCAGGAUCGGUAUGCCGGAACAUUUGCAGUCGUCCCUCAUCUUCCACUACAACCUCAAGCUGUAUGACUCUGACAAGGACCAAUACGACACUGUCUCUCUCAAGCGCUUCGUCAUGCAGUCGGUGGUCGUUCAGCUGGUCGCCUUCCGUGUCCACGCGCCGUGCUCGGGGGCGCUACUCCUCGACAUCUUUGCUAACGCUGUGACACCCCGGGAGUACCUUACUGGGGAGCCCAUGAAAUUCAAGAGUGUGUGCAAGUUUAAGAUCGUCUGUGAGGACCUGCAGACGGUGAUGGUGCCGCUGCCAGACUGUGCCUCGGGUGAGUGGGGUCCCGCUAAGGCUACCAGACUCUUCGGCUUGGAGCCCGUCACUCACCAGGACGCUCUUGUCUUCGCCGGCCGCGAAAUCGAGCUCCAGUUCCGCAUGACUCGACCACUGACGGACUUCAUGGCGACACUACACAAGAACGGCUCUGAGGAGAAGCGACUCAGUAAGUAUGUGAGUCAUAAAGUCACUGACGACGUAGUGACAUUUGCUCUGAGCUUCCCGGAGGAGGGGCAGUACGGCAUGGACAUUUACACCCGCGAGGUGGCUGGACCCGACACAGGAGGACCCACGGAGAAGCACCUCCUCACACACUGCUGCAAGUACCUCAUAAACUCCUCCAAACGCAACUAGUGCCUCACUCCUCGCCAGCUGAUGCCUCUCCCCCUAGCGUGGUGAAGGUGAGGCAACAGCUGGCAGAACACAGACAGAAGAAACACACCAGACAGUGUUGUAUUGCCAAGGCCACAACGCAAAGAGUAAACACACAGCAUUAUGCAACAUUAUGCAGACCAGUCAUAUAACAGCAUCUGCUGCAAGGCUCGCAGCACACGUGGAGCUGCAGCAGACACAGCAGCUGCAGCUCUGCGUUGCAAUAUCCGUCCUCAAGUGCCUCGAUCUGUGUUGGUCGUGCCUUAACACUUACAGUCUUGGGUCACCUUAUACAGUACUUAACCUACUUGUAUUAGAUAAUAUUACCAUAAUGAAACAGGAGAGUGUACAUAUAAUUAAGUAUUUACAACAGAGAUCUUUUUAACCUUUUAUAUAAUAUUUUUAUUGUUACCAUGUUACAUGUUACAGUUGAAGAUAAUAAUAAUAAGCAUGCUUAAUACCCUCCAGUUAGUUGAUUCAUGUAUUGACAAAAUAGUCUUAUACAAACGCGUGUUUUUGUGAUGUUUAACUGAGAUAUAAUUUAAUAGCCUCUGCUGGGUCCUACACUAUCGUCUGCAGCUCAGUGACCACUUGACCCUCACUGACACAGUCAAGGGUCAGGUCAGGUCCUGGUUGCUUCACCCGCUAAGUGAACUGACCGUCGCUUGGUUAUGACGCUGACUGUCCAGCACGAGAUAUUAACAGUUGGCAGCGACGCUCUGCCUUGUGUUUUUAGGGUAAAUGUUUCUUUCUAUUUUUGCCUCCUGUAGAAGAUGAGGUGGAGGAAUAAUGUCUCUUUCUUGGCGCAGAGUCCUGCUGUUGACAAAGGCUUUCAUUUUGUUCUCUGUCUCAACUUUCUUCAAGAGAACAGCGACUGUGACCUCAUACAGCGCCAGUACGAGCCAUCAGCAGCGCUUGGCGUUUCCCUCGUCCACCCUGCAAUGACACGCUGAUGGAAGCUACUACGCUAGGUGAACGUUUGCGAGCCUUCUGCCAGUAGUGGCGCUCUUUCACGGUACGAGCCAAUACGGAAUGUCGCCCUCCACCACCAGCCAGCCCUCAACACUGUACAGCUCACACAACUUGUCUUCCACUAAUAUUUUUAUAAAUUAUUGUUGACUUAACACUGAACAAAGAGGAGCUGCCGCCUGUCACCCAAGGUGUUGACGCGAGCCACGACAGAGGUGGUCCUGGGUUGUAUGUGAAUGUGGCUCACGUCCCCUGUCUCUUCCUUAUGUCUCUCUCUCUCUCCCUCUUCGUACUCUUUCUCUCCAUUUUACAUUAAUACACCAAGAUUUGUACUACCGUCAGUUCGCCAGGAUGAUGAUGACAACAAGAUAAAUCAAGGCGAAGAGUUUAUGACAAUUUCUACUUGAUCUUUGUGCUAGUCAGAGGAACACAGACAGGAUAAUAAAUAUUUCUUCUGCCAUGAUUAUAGUAAAAAAUAGUGAGAGGUUUUCCGUAAUUUGGGUUUGGUCUCUCAGGGGCCGGAUGUUUGAAUUUGGUCUGUCAGUGGCCGGAUGUUUGGGCUUGGUCUCUCAGGGGGCCGGGUGUUUGGGUUUGGUCUCAGGGGGCCGGAUGUUUGGGUUUAGUCUAUCAGGAGGCCCGACGUUUGAAUUUGGUCUAUCAGGGGGCCGGAUGUUUGAGUUUGGUCUGUUAGGGGCCGGAUGUUCAGGGAAUUAUACUAUAGUUUAAUUCUUCUUGACUGAUGAUCUAAGAAUGCCUCUGACUGGGUAACUGAAGCUUAAAAAACACCUCCAAGUCUUCCCUCACUUUAGCCCAGAAUCACACAGCUACUAAAAUGGCACCGUACUUUAACAUAAACUCUACUGUAAUGGAAAGUUUUCUCCAGUUUCCAGUUCGAGAUAAAAUAAAUCUUACGAGUUUUUGAUAAUUAAGGUGCAGAUGGACCUGUGUUGUCGACGUAACUCACUUAAGAAGGUUGUGAUACGAGAGAGAAUGAAAAGAAGAAGUGUUUUAUUAUUGUUAUUAUUAUUAUUGUAUGUCCUAAUGCACAAAAACUGUUCCCGUAGAGUGAUCUAGUGUGUUCUGUACAUUUACCCGAGAGAGACAUUCCCAUAGUGUAGUUUAAAGCAUUAAAAUUAAAACACAACAUUUAUUUUUCCCGCCGAUUUAUUUCUAUUUUUUUGGCGGGAAAAUAAAAACUAUGGCGGGAAAGAUGAUCUGUUUAUCCUCAAAUAUUGGCGGGAAAAAUAAAAUAAGCUUUUGGUAGUCGGUUCAUAAUAUUGAAACUUAGAAAAAAAAUACCUUCAUUUAUUUUUUCUCAGCGAACUAUUAUUAUUAUUAUUAUUUUUUUUUACAAUUUAAUCUUUUCCUCCACAUUCCUCACCUGACAUUUGCAUUUUCUUCUCGUACAAAUUAAUAUAUGAAAUGUAAUAUAUUAAUAUAAUGAGACUAUUAUCAUCCCCAUCGUCAAGUGGCGGUGACUGUAACAUACUGUGCUGGUUUGUUAAUAAAGACGGUGCCCUACA